GAGGAGCCAUCAUCACCAUCAUGGUGGGAGUGACGUCACUAGAACCUGGUGUAGUCACUCAUUCUAUGGAUACCUCCAUGAAAGAUUAAUGUUUUUACUAGGUGCUGUCGAGGAGAUCCCAGAGGGACCAGACCCGGACCGGGAGUAUAAAGCCAUGAAGAGCUUUGGUUGGGUCGGAACUCCGUGCUGAAGGAUGUAUCUGCUGUUCUUGGUUCUCCAGAGUGUUCUCCUGACGGUUGGUUCUUGUCCCUCCCAGUGCUCCUGCUCUGACGGAGUGAAAGGCAAGCUGGAGCUCAGAUGGGUCCAGUGCCGGGGCCCUGGGCUGCGGUACAUCCCCGCCAACGCCCCCGCGGACACGGUCCGGCUGCGUCUGGAGAACACCCUGGUCUCCAGAGUGCCCCGCGCAGCCUUCUACAACCUCUCGCAGCUGCGCUUCCUGUGGCUGACCUAUAACUGCAUCACGUCCGUCCACCCAAGCAGCUUCCUUAAUCUGAGGUCCCUCCAUGAGCUGCGCCUGGAUGGGAACCUGCUUUCGGCCUUCCCUUGGGAGGGCCUGAGGGACGCGCCCCUCCUUCGCACCCUGGGCCUUCACAACAACCGUCUGUCCAGCCUGCCUGCCCAGGCCGCGCUGUUCCUGCCCAACGUCACCUACCUGGACCUCUCCAGCAACAGAUUAACUAUGUUGCCCGCUGAGCUGCUUAACCUGUGGUUCCCACGAACGGGUCGAGAGGGUGGGCUUGUGAAAAUAAAGAUUUUAGGUCUCCAUGACAACCCUUGGUUGUGUAACUGUGAGAUUUCCAUGGUCAGGUCCUUAUCCAUGUCUCGGGGAAGCCUUGUGGUUCUGAUUGACCAGAUGUUGACUUGCAGCAAGUCUAUUGACGGGCCCACUGUGGAGGUACCAGGAAAGGAGACAUCCCACUGUAUACGGCUCUCAGUCAAGCCAGCAGCAACAACAGUCAUUUCCUCUCUAGGCAGUAAUGUAAUCCUUCGCUGUGAUGCAACUGGCUUCCCGACACCAACUCUGACGUGGAUCAAAACAUCAACCUACUCUGGAUGCUGUCCACCAGACACCCCUGAAAAUAUUGAACCAUUACCAAAGAAUCUAAAGAGUUUUCUGCAGGUGUCGCCUGGAGUGGGAUUACGUUGGUCCGUCAUUAGCCUGAGCGGGCUGUCACUCAGGGAUGCUGGAGAAUACCGCUGUCAAGCACGCAACACGGCGGGAAUAGCUGAAGCAAACAUCAAGCUUAAGGUGGUCGGGGUGAUAGGAGGCGCACAUCCUACUACAAAUAAGUUGGUUCAAGCUCAGCUGAAAACAUCUUUUAAAUUGUAUCGUCCAGAUACAAUUUAACUUUAAAGAAAUGUCAUAAGCACACUUCAUUACCAAGGACAGCCCCGUCACAAACAAACGCAAACACAAUCAACUAAUAUUUAAAUAGGUUUAAUCAGCUCUUGGUGAUUCAGCCAGUUAGCGUAUGGCUUGACUGCAUACAAAUUACGUUAAAUAUAAUUUAGUGUCAGUCCUGAAUACACAAUAAAAUGGAAAUAUUGCCUUACAAUGCUGAAAAUGCUGAAAAAAAUAAUAAUCUGUGAUGUUUGUGCUACCACACAUCAAGACCUUUGUCACAUCUCCUUCCCUUCCUAAAUCAAACAUCAAUAAAUUUAUAAUGAACUCAUUCAUUCAUUCAAAUGUAAAUGAAUAACCACAUACUUACUUAUUAUUAAAACAUGAAAUACAUACUUUAAUAAAUACUUGAUGCAAUGUGGAAGACCCUAUAAAGCAUCUCAAUGACUUAUCAGAGACAGGGCACUAGCCUGGGAAUCUGAAGCUUAUGUGUUUGUCCCCCCUCAGAGGGUCUGUCCCCCUCCCCUCAGAGGGUCUGUCCCCCUCCCCUCAGAGGGUCUGUCCCCCUCAGAGGGUCUGUCCCCCCUCAGAAGGUCUGUCCCCCUCAGAGGGUCUGUUCCCCUCCCCUCAGAGGGUCUGUCCCCCUCAGAGGGUCCGUCCCCCCUCAGAGGGUCUGUUCCCCUCCCCUCAGAGGGUCUGUCCCCCUCCCCUCAGAGGGUCUGUCCCCCUCCCCUCAGAGGGUCUGUCCCCCUCAGAGGGUCUGUCCCCCCUCAGAGGGUCUGUCCCCCUCAGAGGGUCUGUUCCCCUCCCCUCAGAGGGUCUGUCCCCCUCAGAGGGUCCGU